AGAUUGUAUUGUAUUGUAGAUUGUAUUGUAUUGUAAAUUGUAGUUAAUUGUAGUGUUUGCAAAUGUUCUGUAAUUUAAAAGAUGAAUUAUUUAUUUUGAUUUUGUUUCUUUAGUGGUAGGUUACUAACUAUGUCAUUGUAUCCUUACCAGGUGAUUUAUCGUGUCAAGCACGCUGGAUGAAGUGCCUGUGGAUGUCCUCAAGGAAAACAUACAGGAAGCAGUGCAAAGAAAAUUUCCUGGAGAGACGUGUGUUCAGGUGACCAAUACUGUGACUUGCUAUGGCACCUGUUACUCAGUGGGAAUGAUCUUGCCCUACGGAUCAACUGGAGGGCUUCCAGACUUUGUUGAACUAAAUCUAAUCCUCGUUAUGCGUGGUCAGCUUGCAUUUGCUGUCAAGUGUCUUCAUUCCUGGUACUGGGAGCACCUUAGGGCAUUUGAAUUGGAAUCCACAAGACAAGUGACAAUCCUUGAGCAACAGGAAUUAACAGACUCCUACCCUCUUGCAGCAUAUGCUUUUGAGCAAAGGCGAUUUGUCACCUUGAAGCGUCACAUUCCCAUUCAAGAUUAGAAUAAUCAACAUGUCUGCCCGACUUCGAGUCAUACUACAGGAGGAAAUUCGCAAGCUUUCCUUGCCCUGCGGAAUCCCGGCGACCGUGGAGGAAUUGAAGCAUAUUGUACAGGACACAUUUGAAAUUGAACAAGAUUUUAGUUUGCAGUUCCAGGACCAAGAAUUUGAUGGUCAAUUUUUCACUCUCCUGGAAACAAAUGAAGUAAAAGACAAAGACACCAUCAAGGUGGUUCUUACUGCACCAGUGAUCACACUAACAUUUGAAGAUUCUUUGAAUGCCAAAGGACUCCAGGAGAGCUUUGAUAGCAGUUGCGCUGAGUCAUCAGAAGAUGUCCGUUCCAGUUCUUCCCAGCCAUCCAGUGAUACCAUACUUCUGACUUCUCCAGAGAGCACCUCCUCUCUUCGUUCGUCGUCUUGGCCAGCUCAGUUUGAGAUUCCUACCUUCUCCUUUGACACAGAGCUCAUUCUACAAGCUGCAAAUGCAGCUUACAGAAAGGAUGGAACCCUACUCAGCAACCCCUCAGUAAAACCCAAUAUUCUAGACAAACUAGCAGACAGCAUCUUUGUCUACACUGCCUAUCCUUCACGAGCACAAAGGGAGCAGGUUGCUGAGGCCCUGGUCAUGAAACACCCGUGUUUGAGGGACCCAGUGUCAUCCAAUGGUAUAUAUGGUUGGCAGAACAGCCUGAAAUACAAGGUUGGCAAUUUCAGAGCAAAGGUGAAACACCUUGGAUUACCAGAACUAAAUGUAAACUGUCGGAAGAUAAAAUCAGCUGCAGAUGGACCACCAACUAAAAGCUUGAAAAAAGCAAAGAAAUCCGAGGUAAACUAUCUCCCACCACAUCCUCAAGGUGAAACUGAUGAAACCCUUGAAAAGGAGAGAGUAGAGCUUCUCUAUGAGUACAAGAAGAGAGACAACACCAAAAUCAUCAAUGAAAAGAUGGUGAAAACCUUUUCAUUACGUCGAAAUGAUGUAAUCCUCAAUAAACCCGCUGUGAUUGACUUCAAAGCUCGAUGGCCUGCCAUGUUUGAGCUUUCCCAGAUCGAAGAGGAAUUCCGUAGGAUCACACUGAAGCCACUACAGUCCACAUUCCUGGGGAAGUUGGACCAAUGCACGCCCAGACUGUUGAGCCUCUACAGGAGGAAGGGAGGCGCUGUUGGGAAGAAACUUGAUGAGACCCUUGACAUGUUAAAUGAGGACAACAGCAUUGAGUCCAGAAGAGAAGCUGUGAUCAGAGGCCUCAUUCUCUACCUUGGUGAAAAGACGGAGGAGCUAAUCAAGGACUACAAGGUUUUUGAUGAUGACGAUGUUGGGACUGUACAAGAGGCCCUUACUACACAAGUCCUCAACAUCUUUGUGGUCAGCAAAGCCAGAGAUGGAGAUCUCCAGAAGCAGGCUGGAAUAGCCAUCGAGGGAGCAGAGGUCCUUUUUGGUAUCCCUGAUGUUGCACAUGCUUGUACCUACCUGAUGGGCCUCAUCUACGCCUUGGAACUAAGGUACCCUAACAAACUGAAAUACACCUUUGAGGUUUUUCAGAAGAUCUUUCUAGAGCUGGAGGAUGUCAACCAAAAGGUGUCCUCCAAGGUCCACGAUCUGAAGGUCAGUUUACAUGCCUAAAAGCCAUACAGACAUUGCUGAAGCUCCCUCUUGUCAAGGUUUACCGUUGUUGGUUAUACAUUGCACUUUCACAGGUUUUCCAAAAAGCACUUCCUCGGGUUACAUUUUUAAGCGUGUGUAUGCUGCUUAAAUUAGUUUUGUGUAAACUCGGCUCAGAUGUUUGUCAGAUGUCUGCACUUUAAAUGGCUGAUAGAAAUCAGUUCAGUUCAAGGGAGUCAUUGUAAGUGACCUUAGGUGUAUUUUUCAAGCAGCUUUUCAGGUACUGCUACCGGAGGCAGAUCUACACAGAAAACUCUGUACAGUUUUAUAUUUUGUGAGGUACUGUGUUUUCUGCAUUAUCAAUGUAUUGGUCAGAUUUUGAAUGUAACUGUCAUUUGCUUAGGAUGUUCAAACCUUUAAGGUCAGGCUGUCGGUGGGGUUUCAUCCCUGAAAGUGCUUCCUCAGGGUAGACAGAAUUAAUGUUUGUUUUGGAGGACAUUGUAAACUAAUUUAUUGCCCAGUUCAUUGGCAGUAUAUAUUGACAUGAGUUUGCUUGUUUGUGAGAAUUUGUCAGCAAUAAAACAUGUCAAUUUUGGUGACUUAUGACCUCUUGAUUGUGGUGACCCUUUGACCUUUCCUCUAGUGGAACUCUCACACAAUUUGCUGAGUGUACUUAUGAUUUAAAGGGAGUUCACCCUCUUAAUUUUGUUCUUAUGUAAUUUUUUUCCUAGCACCAUGAGGCCAAAAUGUCAAUUAUUAUAUUGGGCAGAUUGACCAACACAUAGAUGAUUGAUGCUUCAUGCUUAAUUUAAGUAGAUCAUCAUAACAAAAAUAUAUCAUGUUUUAUCUACUUUAAAAAAGUAAGGCAACUUUUUGCAUCAUUUUAUCACAUAGAUCAAACAAGAGUAGUCUUUGUAUGUACAACAUUACUUUUGCUAGUAACAUCAACUUACUUUUGCUAGUAACAUCAACUUACUUUUGCUAGUAACAUCAACUUACUUUUGCUAGUAACAUCGACUU